AUGAACGAUUCCACCUCAGAUAAUUCUCAUGAUGAGAUCAAGCCGGCUUUCUACAAGAUCACUUCCGAAGAGAUGCUCAUGAUGAAGCACAAUCUUGAGGCCAUGAAGAGCCGCCUGGGCGCGCACCUCGAUCCUGUCCUACAGGAGUUCGAAGCCCUCAAGGCAUCUAUCGCAGAGGCUGAGCCCGCUUCUGAGAAUCUAAUCACUCCCGAGUCUUCCGACUCCGGCUCUGUUCUCGAUUCUGACAGACCUGCUCCAGAGACAGACCCCUUUCUUCUUCGUUCCGGUAUCCGUGUCGUCGCAUCACACAUGAUCGACCAGCUCGAUGCUCAAAAGAACGAAACUUCCACUCGCAUUGCAGAUUUCAUCGACAGCUGGGAUCCAUAUGACGACGGCAUUCUUUCUGUUGUCAAUGAGGCCAUGAGCGCAGACCCUAACUUCAUCCAGGAGUUUGAGAUCCGUGCCAGAAAGAUCAUAUCUGACUUCUUCAUCCGCAAGAUGAAGGAUGCGCUAGUCAAGGAACUGACUGAAGCAUUCAGCAAGAUAUAA